AUGCCAAUUGGAGCUGACCCAAUUAAGUCCAAGGCCCGGUUGCUGAAGCGCAACAGCAUCCUGACGUCAUUCACCGUGAUCUGUCGCUUUGUUGAAAACUAUGACGAAAAUGGUUCUGAGUUGCACAAAUUGGUCGAUACUUUUGAGCGAACAGUUAAGGUACUCAAGCAGUUAGGCGAACCUACGGAGCAAUGGGAUACUCUGCUGAUCCAUCUAUUAACUCACCGAUUGGACAAGAAAACACACCGUGACUGGGAGAAAUUUUGUGCCGAUAAGGACGAUGAAACUACCGACAUGCUGAUAUCGUUCUUGCAUCGAAAGGUCAAUGUCCUGCAAGCAGUUAUUGAAGCUGGGAAUAAUGACGUCACCAUCACCAAGAAGCCGCAGACGACGGAUGCCCAGAGAGCUGCUUUUGAGGAAGAAUGCCCUCUGUCUACUGGACCAUCAAGAGGAAUUGCCGAGUCCAGCUCAUACCGCCCGAGGCCACCGCCGAACCACAACUCAUCGCAGGCAUCCGUUGCUGUGAGCUCUGAGCCAGUGAGCCUAUCAGCAAUUUCGCACACCGAUACGAGAGUUCUUCUUGCCUCAGCCGUCGUUCUUUUAAUCACCAAAAAUGGGGUAGAGAUACCGGUCCGUGCCCUGCUAGAUUCCGGGAGCGAGUGCCACUUCGCUACGGAGCGCCUUCAUCAACUACUGAACCUCCGAGGAGAACGAGUGAAUCUUCCGAUUUUGGGUAUUGGUCAAACGAACACUCACGUCCGAUCCAAAAUAAGAGCCAAACUGAGAUCCCGCAUCUGCAACUUCGAGGCUGCCAUCGAGAUGUUAGUACUGCCGAAGGUCACCAUGGAUUUGCCAGGAGUUAGCCUUUCGCCCAACAAUUGGAAUAUUCCACCCAGCAUCCAAUUAGCCGAUCCAUCUUUUCAUGAUUCCAACCCGGUCGAUUUAAUCAUUGGGGCAGAAAUUUUCUUCCACGUUUUCGCUGUUCCUGGUAAAAUUUCGCUGGGUGAAGGCUUACCUCUCCUCAUCAAUUCUCGUUUGGGCUGGGUCGUAUCAGGUCGAGCAACGGAUUCCACCACCACUUCCCCUCGUCUAUGCAGCGUUGCUCGUGUACAAAAUCUUGAGAAAACAAUAGCGCGAUUUUGGGAAAUCGAAGAAGGAGAAUUCAAAAACCGAUAUUCCAUGGAAGAAGCCGAAUGCGAGCGUCAUUAUCUCCAACACGUGUCUCGCCAAGCCGAUGGUCGAUACCUAGUUAAGCUGCCUACAAAGCCCGAAAUCCUUGCAAAACUAGGUGAUUCUAAGACAGCCGCCGUAAGAAGGAUGCACCAAAUCGAACGAAGAUUUUUCAACGAUCUUGCACUAGCUGCAGAAUAUCGCAAGUUUAUGGACGAGUACGAGCCUUUGGGUUAUAUGGUUCAAGUAAACGACGACGUCGAUCCAAAUGUACCCAACUACUAUUUACCCCACCACCCCGUAGUAAAGCCCAGCAGUUCUACGACAAAGGUGAGGGUCGUGUUCGAUGCCUCGAACAAAACACCAGGAGGACCCUCUCUGAACGAUGCAUUACUCGUCGGACCCACCGUCCAAUCUGAUCUCCGUUCGAUUGUAAUGCGCUCCAGAACUCAUCCGAUUAUUUUGAUUUGCGACGUCGAAAAAAUGUACCGACAGAUUUCCGACGCCGCCGAAGAUUUGCCGCUCCAGCUUAUCCUGUGGAGAAAGUUUUCCGAUCAGCCCCUUCGCACCUACCAGCUUACCACCGUGACCUACGGCACUGCUGCCGCUCCAUACCUAGCCACACGCACUUUGAAACAAUUAGCCUUAGAUGAGGGGUCUGAGUUCCCAUUAGCUGCCCAGGCAGUUGAAGCCGAUUGUUACGUUGACGAUUUGAUUACGGGUGCUAAAACCGCAGUCGUAGCUCGAGAGGAAUUGCAUGUUGAUCGAACAGCUUGGCAUCCGCUAGGUCACUUGUUCGGUAUCGAGCACUCUGAUGGUGCAUCAGAUUUUGGUUCAAAAGAGUCAGACAAGGAUCUCCAUCAGGACAACCCCCAGAGUUAUCGGCCAUCCGCAUCCGGGGUGCAGCAGCCAGAGCAUUUCCGGCUUAAAAUCUCACUGUUGCCGGUGUUGUUUCUUGAACAUUUCUGGGCCUGGGUCCAGCUGAUAGCGCAACAGAAACCGGACAUAAACAUGGACAUUCCGCCACUCUGCCAUUGCCAUCCUGAGUCAGGAGGAUUCCAGGCAACGGAUCCUACCAAGGCGACUCAACCAACUCCGGUUACACGUGGCAACUGGGCAGUUGGAUCCACCAAAUUGCCAUACCAAGAGGCAAAGGAUCCAACGAACAAAGUGGACAACAAUUGCGGAAAAUCCCAAGCAACCCAGCCUAUAACCACCUAUCGGGUUCCGUUGCUCUGUCGAGGAGCCUGCGGAGCGCAAGCGCUGCGGGCACCAUCCAGAGUACCAGCGAAAGAUUGGCAUCCACCACGAGGACGGCCAACCAUAACUGCCAAUCAGAUUCAUCUCGAUCUGGUUCCAGAGGGUGUUAUUUGA